CACGUAUCACAGUGUUUCAAACCCGUCAAGAUGUACCGCAUAUUUAUUUUGCUGUGUACAUUCCAUGUGUCACAUGGCUUUUUUUUCUGUUACCAACUGCAGGUGCAAGUGGCGCAACUACAGCAGAGCGUCUACAACUUGCAGUCGCAGCUAGCGAACGAACGUGCGACCUACCAACGGCAGGUAGCGCAGGUGCAGCAAAAUGCGGCUGUUACAUCGCAGAACGUACAAACACAAUUAAAUCAGUGCCACCAACAAAAGAAUCAACAGGCUGCGUCACAUCAGCAACAAGAACAACAACUUAAACAACAGAUAACGCAACUACAAGCGAAUUUGGCUGAACAACAACGGGCCGCACAAGCAGGAACGCAAUGCCAGCAACAGCUAGGCGCUCUACAGCAACAAGUAAACACGUUGCAAGCAAAAGAACAAGAACUUAAAAAGCAGAUAGAAGAGCAGCAGCGGAAAUUGCUUGAACAAGAACAAAACGCAAAAUUACAACAUGAUCAGUGCCAACAGCAACUACAGCAACAGAUCGCGUUGCAAAAAGAGCUAGAAAAUAAAAUGAAGGAUCAAGAACAACAGUCACAGAAAAACUGCGCAGAAGCUAAAGAAAAUAUCACACAAACAGAACGAGCUAAGUAUCAGCAAGAACUACAGAAACAGCUAGAUUUACUAAAGCAACAAGAAAAUACAAUGAAACAACAAGAACAAGAGUUACAAAAGCUCCGAGAGAGGGUGCUCGAGUUGGAAAAACCUUUGUCCCCCAACAAAAUUCCUCGAAGCAAAACUUUUGAUCACCUCGGCUCGUUUUUGAACGAAUUGGACUUUUUACAAUGUUAUAUCGAGGUUUCCACAACUGUGGCUCAAGAUUCCUAUAAACUUACUUACCGUCUGCCGAAAAAACUCACCGAUGACGAUUUGGAAGUUAAAAUUAAUAACAGAGUGAUUUACGUAAAGGGCAGUGAAGGUUCGACAGUUUUGUUUGAAAGCGUUGAAUUAUUGCCGGCCGGUUUAAAUGUGAAAUCGACCGAUUGGCAGUUGCGGGGAGAUAAUAUGGAAAUAUUUAUUCCAUUUAACCUGUCUGAAACUGGCAAUAAAAUUAAAUCAUGUAUUGCUGAUAAUCCACCAAUUACAAUAGAAUCUCUAGAGAGUACUCUUAUCUUCAAUUAUAGAAAGAAACCAUAAUAGCACUGAACACAUAGCAUUGCAUAACCAUGGCUGAUAAAUCUAAAUUCAUUAAUCUCUUUUUAAUAAAAAGUAUCAAAGCAAAA